AUGGAUCAGCGGUGCUUACUGAUUCAUCAAGGAGUUGACAUGUUUCUUUCAUAUUGGGCGAAUAGCCUCACGAACACCGACUUCGCCGGUAAUGGGAAGGAAAGUGAACACCUCUUCAUCUUGCAACUCUACCGUCUUAAUAGAGUGCAGGCAAAAUGUGGUACAGUGGAACGGAAUUACCAACCAUGUACAAGCAAAUUAAUUGCUAACAAAUUGUUCAAGGCUUGCUGUGAUUUAUAUGUUCCUGAAGAGUGUCAUUUCAUGUGCACCUACGAAAUCGAUCAAAGCAAAACGAGGAGCAUGCUUCUUCAACUAGUAAAGCAGAAGAAAUGCAGUAUGCGUUACCUAUCUUCGAUACUGUAUUGUGCAAGUCAAAAUAGGGACAAUCGACGAUGUUGUGAAGAUCUCGACCUCAAUGCUACUCAACUACAGGUUGGCUCUCGUUGUCUAAGAAUGUGUGAUCCCUCUGGAACAGCAAUCGAAAGGCUAACAAAAGAGGACGUGACAUGUUUAUAUAAUUGGAAUGUUAUAAUGUAUUGUCAUCAUGCGGGAAUUCGUGAAAUGUGA